CACAAACUAUAUCUCUUUGCAUGAUCCGCCCGUACAAAAAAUCCCAUGUUUUAUAGUACUGUUAUUGAAAUCUUGGGUAUUAGUUGCCUAUUUUUCUUUUCCUCUUUUUUUAUAGUUGUUGAUGACUGGGAUAGGGUUGACGUAAAAUGGCGAGAGUCGAUUCAAAUGGAAAGAAGAAAACCCGAGGUCACUAACGAGGUUCUUCCAUCAAAAUCAAAAUGUUCGUAUAUAUACCAAAUUUUAAACUUGAAUUAUCUGCUGAAAAUUUGACCACUCGGUCUUAUAUAUAGUCAACAAUAUUUUAGAGCUUGCACAUAUUUUUUCAUUUAAAGGGCAUAAAAAGGCAUCUGCACCUGGUAGAAUAACUGAAUUCUUUCGUAAGUACGUGUAUUUGACUUUUACAUUACGUUUCCCUAUAACUGAAUAUAUAUGCAUAGUUUUGCAAGGAAAAUUAUUCGAAAAAUGUUGACGAGAUCUAAAUUUGUAAAAAUAUUUUACUGAAGUUCUAACUUUUUCAAUUAUACUAUAUAAACUUUUCUUUUCUUAUCUACAAUAUGGCAUUACGAGCUGGGGCAAUACGUAUAAAAGAAGAUGAACCAAAAUUAAAACUAAACAGAAUACAUGCUUACGCUGUAUUUUCUUUGCUCCACCGGCCUAAAGAAAGUAGUAUUCCUUAUUAUAAUAUUACAGGGAUACUCACCUUUGAAAAUAUUUUUAAACUCAAAUUACCUAUUUUUGCACAUAAAAUAUCUAUAAUGAUCAAACUGAUAGACCUGAGGCCUUUAAUCAUUUCCUUGUAAGAGCGUCUGAUGUCCAUGGUUACAACACACGGUUUGCAGCUAAUUCAAAUUUCUAUAGACCAAUAGUCAAAACUAAUUAUGGUAAUCAUGUUCUAAAAUUUACAAUUUCCAAGAUAUACGAGGAGAUUCCUGCCUGUAUUAAGUUUCUGGAUCAUAACCAGUUCAAAAAGCAAUACAAAAAAUUUCUUCUACAAUCCCAAAACUAUAGGGCAUGCCUAUAUGCAUGCUAAUAGAAUUCAUAAAAGAAUACUAAUCGACGGUCUCGGGUCCACAAAAGGCACUGCUUCCCUCGGUCUCAGUAAAUAAGUGAUAAUUAUGUCAUCUACUGUAACUACUGCAAUUAUGUAACAAGAAGUAUGAAUAAAUGAAUCUUGAAUCUUGAAGGUGCUUAAGUCAGUAAUUCACCAGUGUAGCUGAAAAAUAUCAUUUUAUCAUGAGCUCAGAAUAACUUUUGUUAUAGACUUUAAUAUAGUAUAGGAUCAUACUUGUUUACUAUUUCAAAUGCCAUACAGUCCGGCUACUCUACUUGCUAUCUAUAAUCAUUUUCCUGCAUGGCCGCCGAUGUAAAAAAAUAGCUUCCGGCUCGUGUUUUUCUGUGGUUUCUGAAUUCUGAGAACGAACUUGAUUUUUUACUUGAGAUUCUAUUAAUACAAUUAGAUUACUCGCACUGGAUUUCUAUGAGGUGAUAGUUGAUCCGGGAUUGGCCCUCAUCAACUAUAUCACCUCAUAUAGAAAUCGAGAGCAAGAAAUCUUAAUUCUAACUAUAAUAUAUAGCAUCAAUACUUCCAACUAUUCGUACUAUAAUGUAGCUUUGUCGUUAUAAUUAUACAUGUAGUAUUUCCGCUAUAUAUGGCAAGUUUCUUGUUAUAAUUAGUCAAUCCAAAAUCGGUUACACAAAUUAAGCCGUAAAACUGCAUGUUCAUACCAUUGGCAUUGAAAAACAAUAUUAAUUCUCCUUUAAUUUAGGAUAGAUCUAGAAUAUUUAAACUUUGACAUCCUUUUCCAUCUGUGAUGAUAUCGAAUUACAUGAUUGAUUUUAUGCCUUUGAGCUGAUUCAUUUUCCCAUACUGCAGAUCUAUGUUUAUAUGGUUUAAUAUUGUAGGCCACAUAAACUUUUUGGCAAUAAAGAAAAAGUGGAGUGUGACCAGGUAAAUCAUGAAAAAGAUGACUAUGACGAGUGGAACGAUGGUUUAUCUGAAAGUGAAGACGAUGUCGACGUUCCUUGUCAUGCCGUAAGUCAAAAGUUUUCAAAUAAUAUAGUUUUAUUGCCAACGUGAUAGGCCAUAAGUUGUCGAAAGAAGUAUUGAAUUCUAGAUUAGCUCAUUACAUGCAGUCCUUAUGCGGGUUGAGAUCGAAUUUAUUGUUGCUUGAAACUUUAAUCAAAGAAAAGCAAAUUCCAAUAUUGCCUUUUGACAUAUUUUAGCCGGUAAACUUGCACGAUUGUCUGAUUGAAUUAAUUCCCUAGACCGAGCACAAUUUGACGUUCAGUUUUUGAAAUAUAUAUAAGAAAAUUGGUAAGAAAACCAACCUAUUAUAUGAAUACCUUUGUCAUUGGCUUUCUGAAACAAAAGUGAUCAUGUAGUGUUUAUUAUUAGUUCUUUAGAAGUUCGAUUUCAACAGUUAUAAUAUUAGUCUUUUAUUCAGUGCCGUAGGAAGGGCGGGCUCUGCCCCUCCGUCCAAUGGGCAGAAGGACUGCCCUUGUGAAAAGCUAAAAUCGAGGCAGAAAUUGGGGGGGGGGGCGAUGUGUCAAUAAUGAUACCCAUCUGUUUUGUUUACCGAUAAAAGUUGUAGUCUUCCCUAUAUCUAGAAUCCUAACUACAGUAAAAAUGUAAUAUGGUUGUUGAAAGCACAAUUGAACUUGAAUUUGCGCGCAUAGCAGCAGUCAUAACGGCCAAGUGAGCUUCAUUCUUUUUACUACAAAAACUAAGACAUCGUGCUAUUUUGCUGUUGUAUAUAUCUGCGUGUACAGUACAACGUUUUACAUAAAGAUUUUUUCGAUCUAACGACAUUGGGCGACUUAAUUUAAAAUGGCUUUUUGUGGUUGUAACUUUUCUUCAAACCUUGUCCUAAAGGACAGGGGGAGCAUGCCUUUGAGUCUCGCAUUCGAAAUGCCUAACCCCCCGCCCCCAAGUUUAGAACCUGCAGGCUACGCCACUGCUUUUAUUGUCAUAUAAUCAACCAAUCUCAGAGCCUGUUUAUGUACAAGUCUAUGUAUAGCCGAAUUUGAAAGUUUCGGCUAAAUUCUCAACUUUCGCGUACCUCUUCCCCAAACACUUGGUGAUUAUGUAUCUCAGUUCGAAAGUUUUCAUCUCAAACUCAUUAAAAGUCGUGACUAAAUUACUGAGCCAACCAUAUUACUCUAUUUUGUUCAAAUGAUAAUACUAUAAAGAUACGUGAUCGGAAGUAUAUUAAUUGAACUAGUGCUAGGACUCAUGGAUCAAAAUGAAUUCAGUCCUUGGACUGGAUCAAAAUUAAAAGUGAUUUAUUCCUCGCAUCGUGAUCCAAUUGCGCGGACUUGAAAUCUAGUCCAGUUCUCCUAGUUGAAUUUGAAAUAUUACUGUACAUGAAAUUUUAAGCGCAUUUUAAAUUUAACUAAUAAUUAUCUGACUCUUCACUUACAUUCGUUAAGCAAUCAAGCCUAGACAAUCUAGAACAUCGGUUGGCGUUCAUCAGUUUCAAUUGCAUAAUUUAACGCUAAUUAUCAUGCAGUUAUUACGACGUAAAUCUCUGGAAACCAGUCUUUCCCCCUUAUCAAUUAGUAUACUUUUUAUAUUUACAUUAAAAUCUUUUCACUGAAGAUUCCGGUUGACUGUGGAGGGAAAUUUAUCGCCAAGACUGACAGUACAGGACAAGAGAACGAAAUGGAUUUCAAGAAAGGAGAUGAAAUGAUUUUGCAAGGGGUUCGUACUGACGGUUGGUGGUAUUGUUUGAACAAAGAACGAAAUACGUAUGGCUGGGUUCAUGAAAGUUCCCUUCAAAAAUGUUGAGACUCAGCUGGUUUUAAUGAAUUUCUCCAUACGGUUUAUAAAGACAUUAAAAUUAAUUAAGUAUCUUUUGUGCAAGAGUUGAUGCCUUUUUCAAUUUAAUUAAUAAUUUAAUAUUGAUUAAUACAGUCGGUCCAUGCAAGCAAACACAAAUGACUCCUUUCAUUAUAUACAUGCAAUUAAAAACAUUAAUUACAAAUAAAAUAACGCUUUUCCUACCUUUAUAAUUGUAGCUAAUAAUCCUUAUAAUAUUAUAUGUAUAGUAUUUUGCCUGCAUGCGGCAGUUUCCAAUACAAAGAGGCAGUUCAUGUUUUGAAAGUGUAAUAGAAUUAAAUUCUCCUUUCGUUCAGUG